GUCUACGUACACUGACAAAGGGGGGCAAGGGGGACGCGUGAGAGGGACGAAGUGUGUCUCCCCUGUCUCCCCCAUCCCCUGUUCGCGUUUCUGGAAACAUGGCAGAGGAUCAUAACAACGCGGCGAAAAGCCAAGUCGUCGAGGACGCACAAGUAGCAGCAGAAAACGUCGCGGCAGUAGUAUCCGAGAAUUCCCAGGCGGACAAGGAAAACAUCGGCGUGAGCGUACCAAAGAAACCCAAGUUGGAAGCAGACUUCCAGGCGCUAUCAACGCGGCAGUACCUCGACCAAACUGUUGUCCCAAUCUUACUUCAAGCACUUUCCACUCUUGCCAAAGAAAGGCCAUCCAACCCCAUUGAGUACCUGGCAAACUACCUACUGCGUAACAAGUCGCAAUUUGAACAUGGGAGCUCUUCGGUAAAUGGGCAAAACUCAGCAUAGUUGUCAUCUGCAAAGUGUGGUGCAUACUAUCACCAACAUUUUUGUUAGAAUUUAUUUACCAGUCUAUAACACCAGUAGCACCAAAGUUGGCAACUGCAAUGUUGCAGAUGCCCACACCAUUUUUUAUAUAUGUAAUAUAUUAUGGGAAAUGCACCUAGUGAGGUGCCAGCAGCAAAACAAUGUUUUCAGGUUGCGACAGGGAAAAUUGAAGUCAAUCAUGUUGUAAAUUUUUGUUCACUGCACAAAGCCUAUACUGUGCACCAUUUUGUUCUCCAUGCAGCAGUGGGUAUUGUUCACAGAUAGUAAUAAAUUUAAUCGGCACAACA